AUGGCAAAAUCAACAUCAAAAUGCGAAAUGGAAGCAAACCAAAAUUCUCAUGCAACAGGGAAAACACAACAAAAGCUUCAAAUAACACAUGGAGACAUUCAAGAACAUCAAUGGCGAUCAUUGACAAUUAAUCAAAGCCGAAGAAAGGAUAAUCCAAGACGAAAGUACAAACAGACAGAGAAGGAGCAGGUUAUAAAACGUGACGCUAUUCUCAGUGCCGCUACUAGCGGUAAAUUAAACCGAUUAAAGGAAUUGGUUGCAAAAUAUGAUGAUGGAAGAGGAUUAGCGAACACAGUGAUAAGUAUUAAAGAUGAUAAUGGAGUAGGAGUUAUCCAUUUUGCUGCCACAGAAGGAAAGUUAAAUGUUCUCAAAUACUUGAUCGAAGAAUUGGGACUUGAUGUCGACAUAAAAGAUGAUGCAAAAGGUGAAUCUCCAUUGUUUCAUGCAGUGGUGGAUGGGAAUAUCAACACUGUUGAUUAUCUACUUGGAAAGGGUGCUAAUCCUAAUACAUCCAACACCAAUGGUUCUACUCCUCUGCAUUAUGCUGCUCAAAAAGGGUACACAGAGAUACUCACCAGAUUACUUUCCAGAGGUAUCAAUGUAAAUGGUUCAUGUGAAGAUGGCACACUGACGCCCCUAGAAGUGGCUGGUGCUACACUGUCACCCCUAGAAAUGGCUGCUGCUAACGGCCAACUCGAGGCGAUACAAAUUUUGUUGGAUCACAAUGCAGAUCCUAAUUUGAUGUCUUGCCGUUCGUAUACACCACUGGCGGUAUCUAUUGUAUCUGGUCUACCCCAAUCAUUACGAUGCCUCGAGCUUUUACUUGAGGCUGGUGCUGACCCGGAUGGUGGAUCGAAUGGAGUAACACCUCUGGUAGUUGCAACACAUAAAGGGUUAACAGAAAUCAUCAGGCGCUUAGUUCAAGCUGGUGCUAAUCCCGAUGUUACUUUCAUUAUCUUUAACUUCACUAUUUCGGCCCAGCUUUCUGAAUCUAUAAUGGUUCCAAAUAUCUACGACUUCUAUUUAAACGUAGAUCUUGCAGUUUUGAAUGUCAAAGGUCAUCAUCAUGAUGUUGAGAUUCUUUUCCCUGUUACUUCUCGUAUUCCGGGAUAUAUCGACUGGAGCAUUGGUGGAGUAAUGACACGUGUACAAUCUGAUCAAGCUAAGGAACAGUGGAAGCUGAAAGCCAAUGAGAAGUUUCAAGAGGCAAAGGAAAAAGGCGCAGAAGCAUUCAAGGAACAGGACUAUUAUAAGGCAUUAUAUUGGUAUUCACAGGCAAGCGAUAUUGCUCCUUAUGACGCAAAUGUACUUUCUAACCGGAGUAUGUGUUGGGCCCGUGUGAAAGACGGCAAGUCGGCUUUAGAAAAUGCCAAUAAAUGCAUAUUGCUAAGACCAGAUUGGCCUAAGGCAUACUAUCGGGCUGGUGUAGCGUACAAUUUACUAAAAAGAUACAGUUGUGCGCAAGAAGCCUUCCUCGAAGUUUUGAAGUUGAGUCCUAAUAACCAAGAGCUUAAAGAUGCAUACAGGGAAGCUGUUGAAGCUCAGUUGAAGUCCGCAUGACAUGAAGAGUAUCUUGCUUAGAAGAAGAUGGCUGUGUCUUUUUUGACAAC